AAAUUACCAAGUGGCACUUCUCACCAAAAUUAGCAAGUUUCCCGUUUGAUUAUGGAGAAGUGAAGCUUAUCGCAAUCACUUAAGUCAAAUUCUAAGUACAUUGAACAGUAAAAGUUAUUAAACAAUCGAAAAUGAACGAAAUACGCGAACGCGAAAGGGCAGGAAUCAGAGUCCCUGACGAAUUGCGAGCCAUGUUGCUCGAAUUCACUUGCAGCUACUUGCUCGAACAGCCCGAAGACGUAGUAUCGUACGCGCAGGAAUACUUCACUAAAUUUAAAGAAAGCAGAGGCACCGCGUUGAUCUACGACCAGGACAUGUACGAUCCCGAAACGAUGGGUAUCAAAACCGUUUUGGCUCGCCAAAUUUUCGACUCCAGGGGCAAUCCCACUGUAGAGGUCGACAUCACCACCGAUUUGGGGCUCUUCCGGGCCGCCGUGCCGUCAGGUGCCAGUACCGGCAUCUACGAAGCCCUCGAGCUCCGCGACAACAUCAAAACGGAAUACCACGGCAAAGGGGUGAGCCAGGCCAUCAAAAACAUCAACACCAUCAUCGCCCCCGAGCUGAUCAAAGCCGGCUUCGAGGUGACCCAACAAAAAGAAAUCGACGAGUUCAUGAUCAAGCUCGACGGCACCGAGAACAAGUCCAAAUUGGGCGCCAACGCCAUACUCGGCGUCUCGUUGGCCAUUUGCAAAGCCGGAGCCGCCAGGAAAAACGUGCCGUUGUACAAACAUAUCGCCGAUUUGGCCGGUAACAAGGACAUCAUACUACCGGUACCGGCUUUUAACGUUAUCAACGGCGGAUCGCACGCCGGCAACAAACUCGCCAUGCAGGAAUUCAUGAUCCUCCCAACGGGCGCUGCCACGUUCACCGAAGCCAUGCGUAUGGGUUCGGAAACGUACCAUCACCUGAAGAAGGUCAUCCACGCCAAGUUCGGAUUGGACGCGACCGCCGUCGGCGACGAGGGGGGCUUCGCCCCGAACAUCCUCAACAACAAGGAGGGCCUCGAGCUGAUCAAAGUGGCCAUCCAAAACGCCGGCUACACCGGCAAAAUCGAAAUCGGCAUGGACGUGGCCGCUUCGGAAUUCUUCAAAGAAGGUAAAUACGAUUUGGACUUCAAGAACCCCGACAGCGACAAAUCGAAAUGGAUAUCGUCCGACGAAUUGGAAGCCUUGUACCAGGAAUUCAUCAAAGAGUAUCCGAUCGUUUCCAUCGAAGAUCCCUUCGAUCAGGACGAUUGGGCCGCUUGGAGCAAACUCACCGGCAACACCAAAAUCCAAAUCGUCGGCGACGAUUUGACCGUGACCAAUCCCAAGCGCAUCCAAACGGCCGUGGAGAAGAAGGCCUGCAACUGUCUGUUGUUGAAAGUCAACCAGAUCGGUACGGUGACGGAAUCGAUCGAGGCCCAUCUGCUGGCCAAGGCGAACGGUUGGGGCACCAUGGUGUCCCAUCGGUCCGGAGAGACCGAGGACACGUUCAUCGCGGAUCUGGUCGUGGGGCUUUCCACGGGACAGAUCAAAACCGGGGCGCCGUGCAGGUCGGAACGUUUGGCCAAGUACAAUCAGAUCCUCCGCAUCGAAGAGGAAUUGGGGACCGGCGCCAAAUACGCGGGAAAAGCAUUCCGUAAACCGCAGUAAACUAGUCGACGAGAUGCGUACUGUUAAGUUUAGUAGUUCAGGGAAAGUAAGAUUUAAAAAAGUCUUUACUCUAAAAUCGGGCGUACCGAAUGAUGCUAAACUCUAUUCGUUCAUUGCCACAAACAUAUUAGUAGAAUUGAUGUUAUUUGGAUGGAUGUUUUGAAAAUUAUAAACUCGCUGUUGUUAA